AUGCAGCAGAAUAUGAUGCAGUUUCAACAAGAAACCAGAUCAAGUAUUCAAAACCUGGAGAAUCAAGUCAGUCAAAUCUCAAGUGCAGUAAGCCGACUUGAAGCUAAGGACUCUGGAAAGCUUCCAUCCCAAACGGAGCUGAACCCUAAGCAACAAGUUAAUGCAAUAACAUUGAGAAGUGGCAAAAAGUUGCAAGAAACUGUAGUUGCACCUAAGAAGGCUAAAGACUUGAUUGGAGUUGAGGAGGAGGAAGUAGAACAAGAAACUAAGGCGAAUCCGCCAACCUUUACCUCUUAUGAGCCUGUGCCACCUUUCCCAGAAGCCUUGCAAGAUACUCGAAGGUAUGAGAAAGACAAGGAUAUUUAUGAGACUUUCAGCAAAUGUGAGAAACUCCCAGAAAAAUGUGGUGAUCCUGGUAUGUUUACUAUUCCUGUUACAAUAGGAGACACCACAUUACACCGAGCCAUGUUGGACCUAGGUGCAUCAAUCAAUGUCAUUCCCUACUCCCUGUUUAAAUCUUUAGAACUUGGGCCUUUGCAUGAAACUGGGGUAGUAAUUCAGUUAGCUGAUAGGUCCAAUGUAUAUCCUAAGGGGGUAGUAGAAGAUGUACUUGUUAAGGUUGAUGGAUUGAUCUUUCCUGCUGACUUUUACGUCCUUGAUAUGGAACAUGACAAACAAGCAGCCCCCAUCCUGUUAGGAAGACCUUUCUUAAAGACUGCUAAGACAAAAAUCGAUGUGUCUACCGGUUCUUUGACUAUGGAGGUUGAUGGGAAAGCAAUUGUGUAUAACAUUUAUGAUACCAUAAAGUAUCCUGUUGAUACUCAUUCUUUAUAUUCUAUAAAUGUUGUCGAUCUAAUAUUGCAUGAUGUUUCUAACAUUGAUCAUGGGGAUGAGCUCCUCACACCUAUUACUAAUGUUGUGUCUGGUGAUUGCUUGGAUUCUUCUAUACCUACUAAUGUGCAGGUGAAGGUGGCGGAAUUGAAUGAACAGUCCAAGCUUCCACCUAUACCACUAGGGGCAACACCCACCCCGUCAUCAUUUCUGGGCAAGAAAUUAUCCCAGGUAUACCACAAAGCAAAGAAUAAGGUGUGGCAUGACAAGAUAAGCUCCCGUUGGAAGGGUCCAAUUCAAGUUGACAAGGUCUAUCCGCAUGGAGCGGUAGAAAUUCGGAGUUUAGAGACCAACAACAUGUUCAAAGUGAAUGGAAAAAGGCUUAAACCAUACUACGAAGGGUUCAAGGUCGAGAAUUUGGAGAACAUCGAUCUCUACGAGCCAUCAAUUGAUUAA